AUGAUCCGCCCACGGCCUGCGUCUUCCUUGCAGAAGACGUACGACGAGUGCUAUCUCGCGUGCUCCACCGCUGUGUACUUUGAGGGCCAGAACAACGAAGAGGAAGCAUUGCGGUCCUGGAGAACUGCCCUUGAGACUAUCUAUCAUCACAAUGCUCGUCGUGUACCGUCGAACUAUACCCCGAAAUCUGAAACCGAAAGAGCCCUGCAGGACUCCAUCCGGGCGCUAGAGAUUCAAUGCCGAGAACGGGUCGAUCUACUAGGCGCCCUCCAAGCAAGCAGGAAAGAAUCUGCAGAGGCAAAUGGCAGUAAAGAGAGCGCUACCCUUGUCAAGGGCAGACCAACUCCUAAAAUACCGCCGCCAUCGUCUUCUAACACUCCUGGCUGGAUCGGAGAUGGAACAAUCCCUGCCGUGGGAUACACCGACCUUUCCAAACCAGCUGCCAUACCCAGCCGCCCUGCGCUGCCAACGAAACAAAGUCAUGACUCGCCGCCAGUUUACGACGAGGCUGGACCAGCGACCCUGUCAGCGGUUGGAACUCCUGCACUGCGUGUGCACUCAAACUCUUCAGGCAAAACGAGAUCGCGUGGCUCCAGUCCCGAGCGCCGGAAACCCAUGUUGACAACUUUGCGCAGCAGCGAUGGCAAAAAGAAUGGCAAGAAAGUCAAGGUUGCAUCAAAGAAGAAGGACUCGAGACCUGCUGCCUCCACGGCUGCAGGCCUAGCAUGGGGUAGCAUCUAUCGCUCUGCAUCAGGUGAGAAGCCUGUGAGCGAUGCGGCUCUGGCCUCAUCCCGGCAAAGCGCUGCCCACGAUCCCAGCUUCCGCCGAGAGGCAAAACCAAGAUCUAUUCCUGGGGAUGAACCUCCGCAGCCGAGAAUUCGCGUUUCCCGAGACCACCUAUCCGCGGACCAAAUUCCUGCCGCCCAUUGGCGAGAGCCUCCUCGUUCGUCUCCGAAGAGGUCCUCGCCUAGACCGCCGACUCAGUCCCCUAGUCAGCCGCCGCCGCGGGGGCCUCGACCUUCACCUUUACCUGAAAGCCCUAAACUACAACAUCCUCAUUCAAUGUCCAUGCCGAACCCGGCGGACUUUGCACCACCUAGACCAUCCAUCAAACCCAAGCCCGUGGCCUUGCGAUCUUCCCAGCCGACAAGCCAUCCAAUGCAAGCUACUAAGUCUGAGAAUUCUUCUCGGAGUCUGACGCCUCGGCUUGACCGUGAAGUAAAUUCUUCCAACAAUAAGCCGCGGACAACAUCUGCUCCUAGACCUCCCAAAAUUGGCGAAACGGCCCGCGUUUCUCCAUCAUCUGCUAGCGGGGAUGAUUUCCAUCGCAGUGUCGACCGGCUGGCUAUCUCUCAAGGGAAUAGUGAUGGUGCAAUACGGCGCAAAGCCCCACCAGUCAAACGACAAGAGACAACAACUCCACCACUAUCAAGCGAACCAGAAUCUUCAGAUCAGCGGACCACAGCAAGCGAUGCAGAGGACGAAGACGAGGAAGAAGACAGUGAAAACUUGAAAAUCAUGGAGAAAUUGCCCAGGGGCGUAGAUCCCCAGUCAGCAAAGCAAAUCCUAAACGACAUCGUAGUACGCGGUGACGAAGUACAUUGGGAUGACAUAGCAGGCUUAGAAGGAGCUAAAAAGGCCCUCAAAGAAGCAGUCGUCUAUCCAUUCCUCCGUCCAGACCUCUUCUCCGGUCUCCGCGAACCAGCCCGCGGAAUGCUCCUGUUCGGCCCCCCAGGUACAGGCAAAACGAUGCUCGCACGAGCAGUAGCCACAGAAUCAAAGUCCACCUUCUUCUCCAUCUCCGCAUCAAGUCUAACAUCAAAAUGGCACGGCGAAAGCGAGAAGCUCGUGCGCGCCCUCUUCGGGCUCGCCAAAGCCCUCGCCCCAUCCAUCAUCUUCGUCGACGAGAUCGACUCCCUCCUCUCUGCGCGAUCAUCCGGCUCAGAGCACGAGGCCUCCCGUCGCUCCAAGACUGAAUUCCUCGUUCAAUGGUCUGACCUCCAGCGCGCAGCUGCAGGCCGUGAACAGACAAGCCGCGAGAAGAAGGAAGGCGAUGCUAGUCGUGUACUCGUCUUAGCAGCUACCAAUAUGCCUUGGGAUAUUGAUGAGGCUGCGCGUCGUCGCUUCGUCCGUCGGCAGUACAUCCCGUUGCCCGAACAUCAUGUCCGCGAGCAGCAGAUCCGAAAGCUUAUCAGUCACCAACACCACGAGAUGAGCGAUGCGGAUAUCCAGGUCCUGGUACAGGUGACAGAAGGCUUCUCCGGCUCAGACAUAACAGCCCUCGCCAAAGAUGCAGCCAUGGGUCCCCUGCGCAAUUUGGGUGAGGCCCUCUUGCACACACCGAUGGACCAGAUCCGCGCCAUUACCUUCCAGGACUUCGAGGCAAGUUUAUAUUCCAUUCGACCUAGUGUAUCCCACGACGGACUCCGGAAAUAUGAAGAUUGGGCGAGAGAAUUUGGCGAGCGAGGCGGAUAG